AUGAGUAGAGGUGGUGGAGAAAUGGAAGAAAGACUGCUAAGUGAGUCAGAGAUAGAACAGAGGAGAGAGAGUCUCCACCUGAGAAAGAAGAUUUGGAGUGAAGUAAGGAAGAUGUGGCGAAUAGCUUUACCAUCUACUUUGUUCAGAGUGAUGUCGUUUGGCUGCAUAGUGGUGGCUCAAGCCUUUAUUGGUCACAACAGUGAAACAGGUCUCGCUGCUUAUGCUCUCCUUCAAAGCACUUUCAUUCGUUUCAUCUAUGGUGUUAUGGCAGGUAUGUCAAGUGCGACGGAGACACUAUGUGGGCAAGCCUAUGGAGCACAACAAUAUCACAUGAUGGGGAUAUAUCUACAACGCUCUUGGAUAGUAGACCUCUUUACAGCCACUCUCUUUGUCCCUUUCAUAGUCUUCGCAGGUCCCAUUCUUCGGUUACUAGGUCAAAACAUUGAGAUCACCAAGACCGUUGACGAGAUCUACCUUUGGGUCAUCCCUUAUCUAUACAGCAUCGUAUUCACCAUGACAAUGCAAAUGUACCUCCAAGCGCAGAUGAAGAACGCCAUCAUAGGCGUUCUCUCGACCGUAGCCUUGGUCUUGGACAUUGUGGCCACUUGGUGGUGCGUGGGCGUGCUGGGGAUGGGAAUCCAUGGUGCGCUUCUAGGACUUAAUCUAAGCUCGUGGUCAGUGGCAAUAGCCGAGUUUGUGUACGUGUUUGGAGGGUGGUGCCCACAUACUUGGACCGGUUUUAGCACUGCUGCUUUUGUUGAUCUUAUUCCCAUGCUCAAGUUAUCCAUUUCCUCUGGCUUCAUGCUUUGCUUAGAGUAUUGGUAUAUGAGCAUCAUAGUCUUAAUGUCUGGAUAUACAGAUGAUGCAAAUAUUGCAAUUUCUGCAUUUUCCAUAUGCCAAUAUAUCUACACAUGGGAGAUGAAUAUAAGCUUAGGCUUGUUGGGUGCAGCAUGCGUACGAGUAGCAAACGAAUUAGGAAAAGGAGAUGCACAAGCGGUGAGAUUCUCAAUAAAAGUGGUGCUUGUAGUAUCAGCGGUGAUUGGUGUGAUAUGCUCUGCUCUAUGCCUAGCGUUUGGUGGUCAAAUCUCGUAUUUGUUCUCUGAUAGCCACCAAGUUUCAGACGCAGUCGCUGAUCUCUCCAUCGUCCUUAGCAUAUCCAUACUCUUAAACAUCAUCCAGCCCAUUCUCUCUGGAGUAGCUAUUGGCGCAGGGAUGCAGAGUAUGGUCGCAUUUGUGAACUUGGGAACUUAUUAUGCAAUUGGUGUUCCUUUAGGGUUCAUCUUUAUUAACAUUUGCCAUUUUGGUGUUAAGGGACUGUGGUCUGGAAUGUUGGCUGGAGUUGGUAUCCAAACGUUGAUAUUGUCUUAUUUUAUUUAUAAAACUGACUGGGAAAUGGAGGUAAAGAAGACGAAGGAGCGUAUGAGAACCUGGACUCUAAAGUCGCCUUCUGUAGAAUCGAGUAGUAUCUCGACCAGAGAUGAAGAGAGGAAGUGAUCAUAUCAUACAUAUAUAUAUAUAUAUAUAUAUAUCUGAUAUUUAAAACUUUUAAGAAGUUUUUAAAAUAUUGUUAUGAUGUAGAAAAAUUAGGACCUUUGUUGAGAUAGCAUUAUUAGGUUAAUGCAACUCUCAUAACUUUGAAAGAGGUUAAUAAGGUUGAUCUUCCUUUUGUCUAUUAAGUAUACUUUAGUUUUGAUUGGAUAUGUAUUUUGGCUGUGGAAAAAAAAUGAAUUGUUUUUGAAAAGUAGCUCGUUGUUUAAUAUAGUUGAGUUUUAUUAGACAAUAAUGCUUAUAAGAUAAUAUAAUCAAUGAUUUUGAAAAGGAGUUCUUGGUAGAAUAUUUCAAUGAAGUUUUAGAAAGUUUCAUCAGCUUAACAACAAUCCAAUCCUUGCACAACGAUUUUUUGCCAGUGGAUUCCAAAAAUGUUAAUUGAAAUAUGUCAAUGCAGUAUAAUUUAUACAGAUCAUAGAAUACACUGACAAGUGACAACACAUGAAUGUAUAUUAUCUUUGUUAGGCCUGCGUAAAUUUCGAGCCAAUAUCCAUGUAACUUGCCCGUUGGGCUUUAUCAAC